CAUCCUCUGAAGAGGGUGUCACCUUGCAUGAUAGAAUUAGCCAACCUAUAAAAGGGGUUCGGCUUCCUGGCGUUUCCAUACUUUUGUCUCUGAGGCUGCUCCCCUGAUUUUGCUGAGCUGGGUGAGUUAAAAAAUUGGGGGGGAGGGUUGGCAUCAAGACAGGAGAAGACAGGGAACAGUUGAGCAAUCCCUUACAGGUUCUUGAAAGGGGUGACAAUUCCCUUUAGGACCACCCUAGAAAAAAUAAAGGCCCUUCUUCAUUGUCCCUUUUCCUGUCUUUGCAGAAAGGGUCUUCACAAUGAGCUACUUUCUGGACAGUGUCUGUACCAUCGUUGGAAUCUUUCACAAGUAUGCCCGAUGCCAAGGUGGCAACCUCGCUCUCAACCGAAGAGAAAUGAAGACACUUAUCCAGAAAGAGUUUGCUGAAGUCUUGGAGAAUCCUUGUGACCCUCAGACGAUUGAACUCACUUUCAAGCUGCUGGACGUCAAUGGAGACAGUUUGGUGGACUUCAACGAGUACCUGCUUUUCGUCUUCCAAAUUGCCACCGGUUGUUACAGGUUCCUGCAGCCCAGAGAGUAUCUUCUUCGGGACGAAAGUAGCAGAGCCCUACAUGAAGGAGAAGCAGGAGGAUCCAAAAGAGGUCAUCAGCUUCAGGAUGGGGAAAGGAGAGGAGACUAUGUCCAUGAGAGACAAGGUUUGGAUGGGACUUCCCUACGUUCCACAGAGAAAGGAAGACGGGGGGAGCUGGUGAGACGCUACCUUCCCAUUGAACUUGUAGAAGUAGAUGAAGAAAAUAGCAACUUUGAAGGACAUGAACCCGAAUUGAGGGAUGGUGAUAGGAGAGACCGUCCAUCUCAGGAACAUCAGGAAAGAGAGCCUGAACAACGACGCCUUGAGCCCAAAGAGUGGGAAGAUAUUGAGAUACCAGAACCCCGUCAACGGAGACAACGGGAAUCAACACUGGAAGAAGACUCUCCACGUCAGUCCCGAGAACUUGUGAGAAGAAAUGACAAUGACAGACGUGAAAUUCAGGAUCCCCUGGACAGCGAUGAAGAAGACCUUUAUUCUCCAAUAGUCCCAUCCAGGAAGGAAGAAGUGAGGCAACACCGGGGCCAAGAGACUGAGGGAAGACUCUUCAGAUAUGGUUCUCAAACCAGAGUUGAUCGUACAGAUUACGAUGUUGAAAUAAGUUGGCCAUCUCGUGAAUGGCGAGAAGUAGAAGAUGGAAGGAGGGAGCUAGAAAUACACAAUGAGCGGAGAUCUCGUGCCUUUGAACACCGUGUGGCUGAUGAUCGCCGAGAUCGGAUUCAUCACCAUAGCCCAGUAGAAGAGUAUGAGGAGCAUCAUCCAUUGUCCACAGAAGGUGAGAGAAGAUCACAGUUCCAUGAAGAUGACCACAGAGAGAGUGAGAGGAGGAGACAAGGACGCUCUGUCUUUCAAUCAAGAGAAGAUGUUCAUAGAGCAAUCCAGGCAGAAGAGGAAGAAGUCAGAAGAUCUAAAAGGAGACAUGACGAAGAUGAGUGGAGCAGAUCACGACCACGUGAAGCUUCAAGAAGAUCAGAUGUGCAAGAUCUGGAACGCAGAGAACGAGAGACGAGGAGGCCCUAUUCUUCUGAGCUUAAGAACAUGGACAGACCUUCCCGGUCUCGUGAGUCUGAAGGCAGAGAAGAGGUCAGAAGAUCCCAACAUCCUGAGGACAUAGUGCAGAGAAGCCGGGAGUUCAGCCGGGAGGAUACCAGAGUAACGGAAGUUAGGAGGAGGAGAUCCCAAUCCCUAGAGCCUGUGGCCAGGGACAUCAGAUAUGUCCGAUCUCAAAGAUAUGAAGAACCAAGGAGAGAUGAUCAGAGAAGACCCCAUAAUUAUGAUGUUCGCUCUCUAGAAAGGGAUGCUGCAAGAAGGAGAAGGCUCCAGCCUCAUGAAUCACCCAAGAGAGGAGACAACCAGGAGAGGCAAUGGUAUUAUGGACAUGAAACCUGGGACAGUGAGAGAGACGGGAGAAGACGUCAGUUACGUUACUCAGAACCCAGAGAGAGGGAGAUGAGAAGGUAUCAGGUGGCUGACUCAAGAGUUGAUGAAAGGAAACAAUCAAGAGAAGCAGUCACCAGACCAACACAAUUGGAUAGGUUUUCUCCAUCUGAUAGUCCAGGAGAGGAUGACCAGACUGGACAACAGAUAUAUGAGUCCAGACAUACACUUCAAAGAGAAGGGAGGGGACAAAGCUAUGAUAGACUAAGCAAUGGCCAGAGACAAAUCUGGGCAAUUGAUAUUGCUCAAAGAGAACAUGAAGGACAAAGGAGAAGCAAUGUUGAGGUUAGAGUUGUUGACCAGUUCCGUGGUCUUGACCACAGAGAAAGUGAACCCCAGAGAAGAACCUCAAAACAUGAUUCUGAUGAUGAAAACACUGAUCAAAGGCAGACCCAAACUUAUGAAGUUAGCUCAAGAGAAGGUGAAGACCAAAGAAGAACUUCAUCCCAUGACUCGGGUACAAGACAGAUCAACCAGAGGAGAACCCCAACAUAUGAGGUUGGCCCUAAAGAUGAUCAACGACCCAGAAGAAUGCCAUCACGUGAGUCCGUUGAUCAGAGAUGGAGGACCCACACACAAACCGACCUAGCAGAAGAUGGUCAGAAGCCUUGCAACCCAUAUGAAGCUGACCCAAGGGAUGGUGAGCAACAGAGAACAGUGCAGUCCUCUGACCCUAAUUUCAGGGAUACUGAAGCAACACAGUAUAAUAUGGAGGACAGCACUCAGCCACGUGAAGCCACCUCUCUUUCCAACCAAACAGCCGACCGUGAAUUUGAUCUGCGGAGAGACCAAAGGACACUCGAGUCUGGUGAAUCUCAACUGUCAAGGAAGCCUGGACAAUCUAAGGCAGAACAAAGCCUGGUGAGUCCAUACAAGCAGCACCAGGCCACAAGAGAGAGCCAACGUUUGUCUGGACCAGAAGUGAGAGGUCCCCAAAGGAGGUGGCUGCCACACCAUCAAGCUGAAGCCCCAGAAGAAGCUGGUGUGGACCAAGUCCAACGAAAGGUAGGUUCACCUGUAAGCAAGAGGGCUAUCUCCCAACCAAGUGAACGACAGGUCACCGAGGGCCAGGAAAACAGGAUUCAGGGGUACCAUCGCACACCAGUCUCCCAAGCUGAAGGUGAGUCUGAAUUAUCUCUGGAUGGAGACAAAGCUCAAGAACCUGCUGCUCUCGACCAGCAGCAAGCCCACCGUGGAGGAGAAGUUCCUCAACCUGUGGCGGAGGAACCCAAAGUGGAGGAAGAUGAUGGAAGUGGAUCAUGGGCCCAGGAAUCUCAGCCACCUUUGGAGGACGAUGACCAACAAGCCGUCACGGAGAAGCCGAGCAGUUCUCUGGUGGAAAACAAAUCAUGCGUGAUUUGUAAUCCGCUGUAUGAAUAUCUGUUGGCCCAGAAGAAGCAGGAGCAACCCUAGAAGUUGGGAUGAAGAUGCAAGCUUGAAGCUCACUCUGCUUUCAUGUCUUCCUUUCUUCCUGCAGAUGUUCUUUGAUCCUGUUUUGUUCUAAUCAGUUAAUCUAAUCAUCUCUAACUCAACCCUUUUGGUCCAAGGCGAUACCCAGCAAAGGGUACAAUGAUCCCUUCCCUUUGAGAUGUAUCCGUGGAAAUGUAAAAUUAUGGUGAGAAAAAGGCAGGGGUCUCUGUCAUCAACUGGGUUUUCCUUCCAUCAGCUCCCAAUCAGCCCUUUUGCUCUUCAGUGAUUCUGAAAUACCUUCCAAACUUCACAGAAGGUUACAAGAUGAGGAAAGCAAACCCCAAAUUCUACCUGGAGUGAUCAAGAAGCAAGUCUAGAUGGAUAUAGAGCCCCCUCGGUG